AUUGUUCUUCUUGCCUGCCUGGAAGUCUGUGGCUAAAAACUGUGUUAAGAAGUAACUGCUGAAGCUGCUAUAGAAACCAAUGUCUUUAUAUUUUCCAGCUAACGAAUACGGGGUGAUUUGUAUUCAAGAAUACAGAAAAAGCAGCAAAGUGGAGUCAAGUACACGAAACAGCUUCAUGGGCUUGAAGGAUCACCUGGGGCAUGACCUGGACCACCUUUAUGUGGAGAACACUGACCCACAGAUAAGUGCAGCUGUACCUUGGCCAAUGGUAGAAAAACCAACAAUGGAUGCAGUUAGUGCUGGGAAGGAGGAAAAAGAAGUAUCUGAAGAGAAUGUGAGCUCUGGGGACUCUGAAGAAAGCACAAAUUCUGAUCAUGAGUCAGAACAAUUGAGUAGCAUUUCAGUAGAGCCAUGUUUAUUAACCAAGACUCACAGGCAGUUAUGUAGGUCUCCCUGCUUAGAGCCUCACCUACUCAAACGCAAUGAAAUUUUGCAGGACUUUAAACCAGAAGAGUCCCAGACUCCAACCAAGGAAGUGAAGAAACCCCCUGAUGUGGUACGAGAAUACCAAACGAAACUGGAAUUUGCACUUAAGCUAGGUUAUUCUGAAGAACAGGUUCAGCUCGUGCUUAACAAACUUGGUACUGAUGCUUUAAUCAAUGAUAUUUUGGGAGAACUUGUCAAACUUGGAAAUAAAAGUGAAGCUGAUCAAACGAUUAGUACCAUUAAUAGUAUAAUGCGGGAAACAUCAUCCCUGGAAUCUCAGAGGUCUGAAUCUCCAAUGCAAGAAAUUGUAACAGAUGAUGGUGAAAAUCUGAGGCCAGUUGUUAUUGAUGGCAGUAAUGUGGCAAUGAGCCAUGGAAACAAAGAAGUGUUUUCCUGCCGAGGAAUCAAACUGGCUGUGGAUUGGUUUUUGGAAAGAGGUCACAAAGAUAUUACAGUUUUUGUCCCUGCUUGGAGAAAAGAGCAAUCCCGACCUGAUGCACUCAUUACAGAUCAAGAAAUUUUACGUAAAUUGGAAAAGGAGAAAAUCCUGGUGUUCACGCCAUCCCGGCGAGUCCAAGGAAGGCGAGUGGUGUGCUACGAUGACAGGUUCAUUGUGAAGUUGGCUUUUGAGUCAGACGGGAUCAUUGUGUCCAAUGAUAACUACAGGGAUUUAGCUAAUGAAAAACCUGAGUGGAAGAAGUUCAUAGAUGAACGGCUAUUAAUGUAUUCUUUUGUCAAUGAUAAGUUCAUGCCCCCUGAUGACCCUCUUGGCAGACAUGGCCCAAGUCUGGAUAAUUUCCUGAGGAAAAAACCCAUUGUUCCUGAACAUAAAAAACAGCCUUGUCCAUAUGGAAAGAAGUGCACCUAUGGACACAAGUGCAAAUAUUACCAUCCAGAAAGGGGCAGCCAGCCUCAGCGAUCAGUGGCUGAUGAACUUCGUGCCAUGUCUAGAAACACAGCAGCCAAAGCUACAAAUGAAGGAGGAUUGGUAAAGAGCAACAGUGUUCCUUGCAGCACUAAGACAGAUAGCACUUCUGACGUUAAACGAGGUGCUCCAAAGAGGCAAUCAGAUCCAAGCAUAAGGACUCAAGUCUACCAAGACCUAGAAGAAAAGCUUCCCACCAAAAACAAAUUGGAAACCAGGUCUGUACCUUCCUUAGUUAGUAUACCGGCCACUUCUACUGCAAAACCCCAAAGCACUACAUCUUUAAGCAAUGGCCUUCCAUCUGGAGUUCAUUUCCCACCUCAGGAUCAAAGACCACAGGGACAAUAUCCUUCAAUGAUGAUGGCAACCAAAAAUCAUGGAACGCCAAUGCCUUAUGAACAGUAUCCAAAAUGCGACUCGCCUGUUGACAUUGGAUAUUAUUCCAUGCUGAAUGCAUAUUCCAAUCUGAGUAUCUCAGGCCCACGAAGUCCUGAAAGGCGUUUCUCAUUAGACACAGAUUACAGAGUGAGUUCUGUAGCUUCAGACUGCAGCAGUGAAGGGAGCAUGAGCUGUGGGAGCAGUGACUCCUACGCAGGGUACAACGACAGGUCCUAUGUCAGUUCUCCUGACCCACAACUUGAUGAGAAUUUGAAGUGUCAACACGUGCACCCUCACAGCCGCCUUAAUUCCCAGCCUUUCCUGCAGAAUUUCCAUGACCCCUUAACCAGAGUGCAAAGUUACAGUCAUGAAGAACCAAAGUUCCAUCAUAAGCCUCCUCUUCCGCACUUGGCUAUGCAUCUGCAGCACCCCACUGUGGGUACACGGUCCAGCUGUCCUGGUGAUUACCCUUCUCCUCCAAGCUCAGCACGCUCCAAGGCACCACACCUAGGAAGGUCCUUAGUAGCCACAAGAAUAGACAGCAUUUCUGAUUCUCGGCUCUAUGAUAGUUCUCCAUCAAGACAGAGAAAGCCUUAUACUCGCCAGGAAGGGCUAGGCAGCUGGGAUAGGCCGAGUUAUGGGAUGGAUGCCUAUGGGUAUCGGCAGACUUACUCCUUACCCGAUAACUCCACACCCCCAUGUUAUGAGCCCUUUACCUUCCAGAGCCUACCUGAACAGCAAGAGCCCACCUGGCGAAUCCCAUACUGUGGAGUGCCACAAGAUCCUCCAAGGUACCAGGACAACCGAGAGAAGGUUUAUAUCAACUUGUGUAAUAUCUUCCCACCUGACCUUGUGAGAAUUGUUAUGAAAAGGAACCCUCACAUGACAGAUGCCCAGCAGCUGGCGGCAGCCAUCUUAGUGGAGAAAUCACAGCUGGGUUAUUGAAAGGUGAUGCAUCUUUGUGGUGUUUAGUAGUUUUUUGUUCAGCUCAAAUGCUGAGGGAGGUUUGCUACAAUAGCACAUGUAAUCUCCUUCUCAGCAAGGAGGUUAUAUAGUAUCCAUUUAUGUGAAAUACUGUAUCAUGGAAUCUGUAUGUAUAGCCCCACAUGGUGGAAGUAUCACGGGAUUGCUUUACAUUCAAACCUUUUUUUUUCAAUAUAUCCUUGGCUGGAAGUUUUCCAGUUUGGUUUAAUAGAUGUAUCUGUGAUCUUUGAUAUUAAUCUUUGGUGCAUCAGGGGUUUCUAUGCAGCACUUUUUAUCCUUGUUUCAUGUUUUACUAACUUGGUGUUUAUCUGUCAAUUGCAAGCAAUUACAAUACCUUCAGAAUGUGGAACAUUUGACUAGACCUAGCAAACUAUUUUUUCAAGCCAAGCUUAACUAGAAUCUUUUACAGCUUUUUAAGUUAUUUUUAUUUGGGGGAAGUGGGCUUCUUUGUGCUAUAAUCAUUAUUUAUAGAAACAAAGAUAUACUUACUACAGCACUGACUUUAUAUUUUAAACAAAACCUAAGUUACCCGUUAUGUUAAAAUAGGUAACAGUAUAUAUUAGAAUGAUUCACAGAAUGGCACUUUUUUUUGUUUGGAUAUUUCUCUGUUAAGAAAUUAAUUUAAUAUGGUCAGUUUAGAAGAAAGCCGAUGCAAUCAAUGGAAAAAAGUUUCCAUUUCCUUUUUUAUACAUAAGGCAAAAGCCGUAACUGUUACAGGUUAAAACUUUGUUAUCCAGCUAUAAUGUGCUUCUAGGCAGUAGAAAUGGAAUUGAAUUCCUAGAUUUCCACUGACCCGUUUGUUAAUGUUUGUCUUUUUGUGUGGGGCACAACAAUCUGGAUAAAUAACCCUUUCACAGUACUUGCCUGUUCUUAAUGAAUCUAAUUAUUCUCUCAAUGCAACUUUUAUAUUCACUGUACUCCAGCUUUCCCGCUGUACCAAGGCUGCCUGAGGUGGGUUAUGUAACUAAGGAUAUGCAACAUUCAAUGAUACUGCACUAUAGAAAUGGUGACAAGGUGUUGUAUAUGGUAUCUUAAAACUUUUGUAAGAUAUUGUAUAUUUUCCAUUUUCCUGAAGGUAGUUUUGUUGUUUUCGUUAUUUGUGUGUGUGUGUGUGGGUGGGUUUUUUUUUUUUUU